AUGUCGACUGCUUUCGUUCGGCGUGCCGAGCGCACUGAGAAGGCAUACACUUCCUCGUCCGACAACGGCGAGAACAAGAGUAAUUCUUCACAGGUGUUGUCCGGCACUGAGAAGGAGAAUUAUGAAGUACAGACACGCUCAUUAGCUGAUAUCCCUCCCCUUGGGUCCCCCCUUGCAGAGAACACCUUCUGGUGGCAACGCUCCAAGGCUAUCACCGAUGGGGAAGCUAUCGCCACGCAAGAGUCUGUGUUCGAUGAUCCGGAUCUGGCAAAGCGGUACCAGCCCCGGGCAGACUGGGAGAACCUGCAUAGGUUCGACCCACUGGCACGGUGGACGAUCAAUGAGGAGAAGAAGAUAAUCCGAAAGAUUGACAUCCGCAUCAUGGUCUUCGCCUGCAUCAUGUUCAUUGCUCUUGAGCUGGACCGUUCCAAUAUUUCUCAAGCUGUGUCUGACAACUUCCUCGGAGACUUGGGAAUGACUACAAAUGAUUACAAUCUUGGAGUCACAGUAUUCAGGCUGUCCUUCCUCUGUGCCGAAUUGCCAUCCCAGCUUAUUAGCAAGUGGAUGGGACCUGAUCGUUGGAUUCCUCUUCAGCUGUGCCUGUGGAGUAUUGUUUCUGGGGCUCAAUUCUGGCUCAACGGAAGAACGUCGUUUUUGGCUUGCCGCUCUCUCCUGGCGAUUCUGCAAGGAGGAUUCAUCCCGGAUGUCAUUCUGUACUUGAGCUACUUCUAUAAAGGAGCUGAGCUCUCUGUCCGACUCGCCUACUUCUGGACCGCACUUCAAGUCGCAGACAUUCUUUCAGGCUUUUUGGGCGCUGGAUUCCUUCAGCUUCGAGGCCUUCACGGCUUGGAGGGGUGGAGAUGGCUCUUCCUUUUCGAGGGCAUCCUGACCCUGGUUGUUGGUAUAUUUGCCAUUUUCCUGAUGCCUGCAGGACCUACUCAAACAAAGGGUAUCCUGCGGGGCAAAGAUGGUUGGUUCACUGAACGGGAGGAAACCAUCAUGGUGAACCGCGUCAUUCGUGAUGACCCAAGCAAGGGAGACAUGCACAACCGCCAGCCAAUCACCCCGAAAUUGCUGCUACAGUCUCUGGCAGACUACGAUAUGUGGCCGCUCUACGCUAUUGGACUCGUGUGGAGCAUCCCUGUGAAUCCCACGAACCAAUACUUUACGCUCAUGCUCCGGAAGCUCGGAUUCAGCGUCAUCAUCACGAACCUUCUCACGGUGCCGCCCAUGGCACUCUCGAUCGUCACCAUAUUGGGCAUCACAUACAUCUCCGAAACUCUGAAGCAGAGAGCCUACGUCACAGUCAUAUCACAGAUCUGGAUUCUCCCUUUCCUGAUAUACCUCAACGUCGUCGACAUCACACAGAUCAAUAAGUGGGUGGGCUGGGUCAUCCUGACACUCUUGCUCGCGUACCCAUCACCGCACGCCAUCCAAGUCAGCUGGAGCUCCAAGAACUCGAACGCGGUGCGCCUCCGGACCGUGUCCGCGGCCAUGUACAACAUGUCCGUCCAGGCCUCGGGCAUCAUCGCCUCCAACGUGUACCGCCAGGACGACGCCCCCCGGUACGCACGGGGCAAUAAGAACCUCGUCGCCGUCGCGUCCAUGAACAUUGUCCUGUACUUCCUGACCAAGGCGUACUACGUCUGGAGGAACAAGAGCCGCGACAAGAAGUGGAACGCGAUGACGGAGGAGGAGAGGAAGCACUAUCUGGACACGACGACCGAUGAAGGGAACAAGAGGCUUGAUUUCAGGUUUGCGCAUUAG